AUGUCAAUUACUAAUAGCCACACUAAAACCCCUGAACGCGAUGUUUUGCCCAACAAUGUUAAACCAUUGAAUUACAAUCUAACCAUCGAACCCAAUUUCGAAACUUUCAAAUUUGAUGGUAACGUUAAAAUCACCUUACAAGUUAACGAUCCAAACGUUAACACUGUAGAAUUGAACACCGCAGAACUAAAAAUCCAUCAAGCUUCCAUCAUUUCUAAAGACAAGAAGAUCAAAUCUUCCAAUAUCAUCACUAAUGAAGAGAAACAAGUCACUAAAUUUGAAUUCACUGAUAUAUCAGCUGGUAUUUCUAAAGAAAAAACUAUUAUAUUAGAUAUUGAUUUUUCCGGCACUUUGAAUGAUCAAAUGGCCGGGUUUUAUAGAGCUAAAUAUGUUGAUAAGGAGACACAAGAGGUUAAAUACAUGGCUACUACUCAAAUGGAACCUACUGACGCUAGAAGAGCCUUCCCUUGUUUUGACGAACCUAAUUUGAAAGCUACUUUUCAAAUUACUUUGAUUUCCACGCCAAAUUUUACUCAUUUGAGCAACAUGGAUCUUAAAAGUGAAACUAUAAUUGUUGAUGAUUCCAAUAAGGAAAAAAAAGUCAGUGUUUUUAACACCACCCCUAAAAUGUCCACCUAUUUAAUUGCUUUCAUCGUUUCUGAAUUGAAAUACGUGGAAAAUACAGAUUUCCGUAUUCCAAUCAGAGUUUAUGCUACCCCAGGCAACGAAAAAGAUGGCCAAUUUGCAGCUGAUUUAACAGCAAAGACUUUGGAUUUUUUUGAAAAAGCUUUCGGUAUUAAAUAUCCAUUGCCUAAAAUGGACAAUGUUGCUGUCCAUGAAUUUUCUGCUGGUGCGAUGGAAAAUUGGGGGUUGGUAACAUAUAGGGUGGUUGAUUUAUUGUUAGACCCUAAGAAGGUUUCUUUAAACACCAUUCAGAGAGUUGCUGAAGUUGUCCAACAUGAAUUGGCACACCAAUGGUUUGGUAAUUUGGUGACCAUGGAUUGGUGGGAAGGAUUAUGGUUAAACGAAGGUUUUGCCACUUGGAUGUCGUGGUAUAGUUGUAAUGAAUUCCAACCAGAAUGGAAAGUUUGGGAACAAUAUGUUACUGAUAAUUUGCAAAGUGCUCUCACUUUAGAUUCUUUAAGAUCUUCGCAUCCAAUUGAGGUUCCAGUUAAGAGGGCUGAUGAAAUCAACCAAAUAUUUGAUGCCAUUUCCUACUCCAAGGGUUCCUCCUUGUUAAGAAUGAUUUCUAAAUGGUUGGGUGAAGAUGUCUUUGUCAAAGGUGUUUCCCAAUAUUUGAAUAAGUUUAAAUAUAGUAAUGCCAAGACUGAAGAUUUAUGGGAGGCCUUGGCUGCUGUUUCGGGCAAGAAUGUUCCUGAAGUUAUGAACAUUUGGACCAAAAAAGUCGGGUUUCCUAUCGUCACGGUGGAGGAAGUGGAAGAAAAUGGCAAACUUAAUGAAUUAAAGAUCACUCAGCAUCGUUAUUUGAGAACUGCAGAUGUUAAGCCAGAAGAAGAUGAAACCAUUUAUCCUGUGUUUUUGUCUUUGAAGACAGGUAAAGAUGUGGUUGAUUCUAGCUUAGUUUUAGACGAAAGAGUUCAAACCUUCAAAAUUAAAAAUAGUGGUGAAUCAGAUUUUUUCAAAUUGAACGCUGAUCAAUCCAACAUUUAUGUAACUUGCUACUCUGAUAAGAGGUACAAGAAAUUAGGUUCCCAGGCUGAUAAGUUAAGCGUUGAAGAUCGUGCUGGUUUAAUUGCUGAAUUAGGCACUUUGUCUGCUUCUGGCUACACCUCUACUACCAACUUGUUAGAAUUGGUUAGAAACUGGAACACCGAGUCCUCAUUUGUCGUUUUCAACCAAAUAUUAAGCACUUUGAAUUCCUUAUAUAACACUUGGGUUUUUGAACCAACUGCCGUUAGAAAAGGUUUGCACAACUUUGUUUUGGACAUUAUUUCUAAAAAAUAUGCAGAAUUGGGUUGGGAAGUUAAAGAAAGUGAUGAUUUUGCCACUAAAAACUUGAAAAUUAAUUUAUUUUCCCAAGCUUGUGCUUGUCAUCACCAACCAAGUAUUGAAAUUGCAUUGAAUAAAUUCAAAAAUUAUGUAUCCGGUGUCAGUGGUGAAAUUGAUCCAUUGUAUAGAUCUGCUAUAUUUUCCACUGUUGCUAGAAAUGGUAAGUUACAAGAUUAUGAAAGUUUGUUUCAAAUUUAUCAAAACGAGAACUUGCCAACCACUCUAAGAUUAGACGCUUUGAGAAGUUUGGGUAGGUUUGAAACCCCUGAAUUAAUUCAACGUACUCUAGGUUAUUUAUUAGACGGCACUAUUUUGAAACAAGAUAUUUACUACCCAAUGGGUGGACUCAGAGCCACACCACAAGGUAUUGAAAGUUUGUGGAACUGGUUACAAAAGAACUGGGAUGAAAUUAAUAAGCAAUUGCCACCAGGCUUGAGUAUGUUGGGGUCUAUUGUAAACCUAGGUACUUCUGGAUUUACCUCUUUGGAAAAAAUUGAUGAGAUUAAAGAGUUUUUCAGCCAAAGAUCCACCAAAGGCUUUGAUCAAAGUUUAGCUCAAUCUCUGGAUUCUAUUAAAUCCAAGGCUUUAUGGGUCAGUAGAGAUCGCAAAAUUGUUUCUGAUUUCUUGGAGAAGAAUAAUUACAUGUAA